AGUUAGUUAUUCAGUCACUCGGGGUAGGCAGAGCACCAGGAAGUGGGAAGCGGAAUCAGAAUCCGUGCAGGGGCCUAGAGAUUGACCCCUCUCCCCACCCCCGACACCUCUCUGCCACAAACCCCACUCCCAGAAGUCACUCCAUCCAUUUGGACUCACGAUUUCCAGAAGCCUCUCGCACCUCUCGGCCUGAUGUCUUCUGGCCAGUUGUUAUGGCUCAACAGUGCCCGAGCCUCCAUGGUGCCCAUCGAAGAUUUGAAGAACCAGAAGGUCAUUGGUCAAGGCGGAUUCGGCACAGUGUUCCAGGCAUACCACCAGAAUUGGGGUCAUGAUGUGGCCGUCAAGAUUGUGAACUCGGAGAAGAUAUCCAAAGAAGUGAAGGCCAUGGCAAAUCUGCAUAGCCUGUAUGUGCUGCCACUGCUGGGGGUCACUGAGAAGCUGGAGUGGGACUACGUGUCUGGACCGGCUCUGGUGACUCCAUUCAUGGAGAACGGUUCCCUGACAGGGCUGCUGCUGCCCCAGUGCCCACGGCCCUGGCCACUUCUCUGUCGCCUGUUGCAGGAGAUAGUGCUUGGGAUGUGUUAUCUGCACAGCCAGAACCCAGUGCUUCUGCACCGGGACCUGAAGCCCUCCAAUGUCCUGCUGGACUCAGACCUGCACGCCAAGCUAGCAGAUUUUGGCCUGUCCAAGUUUCUGGGAGAUUCACAGUCAAAGGCAGGAUCUGGGGAGUCAGGGGGUACCCUAGCCUACUUGGCCCCAGAACUGUUGGCUGAUGUAAACCGGAAGGCCUCUAGGGCCAGUGAUGUCUACAGCUUUGGGAUCCUAAUGUGGGCAGUGCUAGCCGGAAGAGAAGCUGAGACAGUGACCAACACAUCGCUGGUGCAGGGGGCCAUGUGUGACAGGCAGAUCAGGCCUCCACUGACUGAGCUGGCCGAGCCAGACCCUGAGACUCCUGGCUUGGAAAAACUGAAGGAGCUAAUGCAGCACUGCUGGAGCCAUGAGCCCAAAGACAGGCCUCCCUUCCAAGAAUGCAGACUAAAUACUGAAGAAGUCUUAUGCCUGGUAGAGAAAAGAGAUGUAAAUUGUACAAAGAUGAAUGCUGCAGUCUUCAAAGUGAAGACUUUCCUGUCUGAGCACCGAGGCAGCAACAAGAGGUUUUCUGCCCUUGAGCCAGACUCAGGAGGGACAGAAAUGGAUGGCCCUGGGGAAAUCCCAGGAAACCUUGAGUUUAAAGUCUCUGAGAUGCUGAACAAAUUGAAUCUAAAAGAGUCCCCCAGCUCUGUUCCUGAAAAAGGUACAAACCUUCCCAAGAGGAUGGAGGCACAAGGGGAGCAGGUUCAGCAUGCUCAGACAGCAGGGAUGUCUUCUGAUUCAAAAGCCCAACCUACCUUUAUUCCGGAGACCUCACCUUUCAGAAACCAGAUGCCCAACCCCACCUCAGCAUGGACGCCAGGUCCUGGACCCCAAAGGAAUCAGGGGGCUGAGAGACGUGGCACCACCGAGCCCUCCAGGAAGCCAAGGCCAAAUCCAGUACCAGGGCCUGUUACCGUCUAUGACAGCCAAUUCGUACAGAUCGGAAGUAACAACUUCAUGACAAUACCAAGAGAAGCUGCCUUAUUCACGCCACCUAAGGGCAUGAGCAGGAGCUGGCAACGCAACCCACACAAGUAGCUUCGGAAGAAGUGCUGCCUGAAGAACCUGAAGCCUGGACUGGGCCACAUGGCCGGUAUAAUAAUGGCAAGAAUUGAGGAAGUGUCUAAGCCGCCUCCUGUAUUUGAGGCAGCUAGCCAAGACUUUCUUUGAGGAUCAUCGAGCCUGCGCCCAGACUGAUUUUGUAUCCCAGGAAUCAAUAAAGUGGUCGAAUUUUAGCCAAA